AUGCCCGCCGAACGCGCAGACAUCCUCCAGAACACGUCGCCGUCGCCAUAUGACCCGCUUGCAUCCGUUCGAGGCGGUUCCAGCGACGCAGACGGCGAUUCUGCGUUUAGGAGGGACUUCAAUGCUGCGGUCUACGAUUGCGUGCGCCGCGUUCCAGAGGGAAAGGUCGUCUCGUACGGCCAGGUCGCCAAGCUGAUCGGGCACCCGCGCCAUUCGCGCAUGGUUGGCUCAGCGCUCAAGGUCCUCCCCUCGCGCCUCUCGAUGCCCUACCUCCCUCCAACGCCAUCCUCAAUCUCCUCCGCCUCCUCAUCCGACGAGCCCCUCCCACCGCCCGAGCCGAACCCCGACUUCGUACCGUGGCACCGCGUCGUCGCUUCCUCAGGCCUCAUCUCGCCGAGGGGAAACGUCGCUGCGACGAGGAGGCAGGCAGAGUGGUUGGAGGCUGAGGGUGUCGAGGUUAGGGAGGGACCGAGAGCGGGAGGAGGAGAUGGUAAUGGACAGCCGGGUGGUGGGACGGCGGACGCGUUUGGACUUGGCGGAGCGGUGGGAGGAGGAAGGGUCAACAUGGGUCGCUAUGCCUGGAAGGGCUGA